AACAAACCAACCAUAUCUCCUACCAUUGUGAUUUUACUUUUGCAAUAGGCAUAUCUGCCAUUCAACCCUUGUAACAAAUCGUCUUUGAAAUCACGCAAAUCCAAUCUUUUCAUCAUUGAUUACACAAUCAACAUUCUCUCUCUUGUCUCCACACAAAAAUUACACACAAGUUUUUCCAUCUCUCUCUUGAAUCUUGAUCAUCGUUACUUGGUAUGGAGAGAGAAGAGAGAAAGAUGGCGUACAAAUUGGGUUCGUUCAGGAAGAGUUUUGCGGAGAAGAGAGAGAGAGAGAGAUUGUUAUCCAAGGGAUGGUACUCUGAGCUAGAUGGCAACGAACAAGAAGAUGAUGAUGAGAGUUCUUGGUUUUGUUCGAGUUGGAGGAGGGUUCGGAAGAAAUUUGCAGAGUGGUGGAAGAAAUUGAAAGAGGUUUCUGUGAAAGCAUGGGAUGUGGGUCGAUCCGACCCACGAAAGAUCGUGUUUUCGGCUAAAAUGGGUCUGGCUUUGAUGCUCGUAUCUCUGUUGAUUUUCAUGAAAGAACAACCAAUCAAAGAACUCAGUAGAUACUCUGUUUGGGCUAUCCUCACUGUUGUUGUAGUGUUUGAAUUCAGCAUAGGUGCAACAUUUAGCAAAGGAUUUAACCGUGGAUUGGGGACAUUAUCAGCUGGAGGGCUUGCUCUCGGUAUGGCAGAGUUGUCUGAAUUGGCUGGAGAUUGGGAAGAAGCUGUUAUUGUCUUCAGCAUAUUUAUCAUUGGUUUUUUCACUACUUAUGCAAAACUUUACCCCACAUGGAAGCCGUAUGAAUAUGGAUUUCGAGUAUUCUUGAUAACAUAUUGUUUCAUAAUGGUAUCUGGGUAUCGAACAAGAGAAUUUAUACAUACAGCUGUGACUCGAUUUUUGCUCAUUUUACUUGGUGCUGCUGUGUGUUUGGUCGUGAAUAUAUGUAUCUACCCCAUCUGGGCUGGUGAGGAUCUGCACAGAUUGGUGGUAAAAAAUUUCAUGGGUGUUGCAACUUCCGUGGAAGCUUGUGUUGAUCGGUACUUGAAUUGUGUUGAAUAUGUGAAGGUUCCUUCAAAAAUUCUUACUUACCAAGCUUCUGAUGACCCAAUAUACAGUGGCUAUAGAACGGCCGUGGAAUCUACAAGCCAAGAGGAUGCUCUGCUAGGAUUUGCUAUUUGGGAGCCACCUCAUGGUCCCUACAAAAUGCUUAGAUAUCCAUGGAGAAACUAUGUAAAAGUGAGUGGUGCGUUGAGGCAUUGUGCAUUCAUGGUCAUGGCAUUGCAUGGUUGUAUACUCUCCGAAAUACAGGCUCCACCUGAAAAAAGACAAGUCUUUAGUAAUGAACUUCGAAGGGUUGGCACUGCAUGUACGAAAGUGUUACGUGACCUUGGGUACAAAGUUAAAAAGAUGGAGAAAUUGGGUGCAAUAGACAUACUAUUCGAAGUGCAUGAGGCAGCAGAAGAGUUGCAAAAAAAGGUAGAUCAGAAAUCGUACCUUCUUGUUCAUGCAGAGAGCUGGGAAAUCGGAAGUCGGUCAAAAGAGCUAGAACCUCCCCAAGAAUUUCUCAGCAUGGAUGAUGAAGAAAACAAAUUAGGUAAAUGCAAGUUUUAUAGCGAAGCUCUGCUCCAUCUCAGUUCACUUCCCGCGUCGAAUAGUUGGAAUGUUAGUAACAAUGGUAUGGGUAUCAACUUCAUCCCUCCUGAAAAAUGGCCUGCAAACUUGUCGUGGAAAGCUGAUGCGCUGCCUGAAGAAGAAGAAUCAAAGACGUAUGAAAAUGCCAGUUCAUUGUCUUUGGCGACAUUUACUUCGCUUCUGAUUGAAUUCGUUGCACGGCUUCAAAAUCUUGUUGAUGCAUUUGAAGAAUUAAGUGAGAAUGCGAAAUUUAAAGAACCUAUAGAGGAACAACGGCAAACAGAGGCAAUCGGGUUUUGGAGGAGGAUGAUUGGGGGUGUGAAGUUUUUGAAGAAAGAUGAGCAGUUGUUGGGAUAGAACUAAUCUCAUUUUAUGCACACAAGUUUAGGAAAACCGUGAAUAGUUAAUACUUGAGGCAAAAAUUGGACACGCAAUGUUGAUCUCGAGUUUGUACCCAAUCUAUCCCUUUCAGAGCCCCAUAAAAUGGGGACGAAACUGGGUGUAGUUUAGUCUAGUUUAGUUUUGUAGGAACCGGUAGCUGAUUUUCUCUUGGUGGAGUUAUUCGAACUGAUAAAUUGACAACAAGAGAGACAAAUUGACUGGUGGCUAAUCCUCUUUUGCUUUUCAAGAUCUAUGAACUGGCAUUCCUUCAUGCAAUUUUUUUAAAAGAGUUGAUAAUGUAGCUCUGUUAUUGCAUAGUUAUUGAAGUCACUCAAGGGUAGCCAUGGCAGAAUAGUCUCAUCUUUCUCUCUAUUCGCCUUGAUGGUUAAUUUUUUUUUAUUAUUAUUUUUUAUUUUAUGAAUAAAGGGUGCUCUCAAAUGCUUGUGCUUGUAACGAUUUUUUUUGUUU